UUGACUUUUUACUCGCGAGUUUUUUCUAAGUUUUCACAAUAAUUCUUUAAUAUAAAUUGUACCAACGAAAAUAAUCACAAAAGCAGAUCUCAAUGUACAAAUUACAAACGAUUGGAUUCUAGUUUUACAUAAGUUGGUGUGUUUUUGUAAAUAAGUCGGAGAUUGGUGUCAGUUCAUUUCACAAUGAUCAAUGUUGUGUUGUUGUAUCUUCGUGGUGAUAAAUUUAUUCUAAGGGAUCCUAAAUAAUGUGUAGCUAGCGAAGUCUUUAUACUAUUCAUGCUGCCUCGUCUUAAAAGUAUGCAAAGCAAAUAAUGCCAUGUACGCUCCAGAUCACAGAAGGAAGGAAGCCAGAGAUGUUAUGUACCGUAGCAAUUCUAGCCUCGACUUGAUUUAUAGUGAUCAGCCAUCGAGUAACGGCCUACGUAGAGAAUAUGGAAGUCACGGUUCAAUCGACGUGAUUGGGGGAGGCUGCGAACGGCUACCUGCGAUGGUGCACAAUUACAACGUAGUUUCUACGUCAGACAAGCCUCCUGGGAUAGCGCGCGCGACUGACCGCCUCACCGAUGUACUCAGUAGCGACCACGCAGACGGCCCACAGCCUCGUACGAGUGCAAGUCCCAAACCCCGUCUCAAACUCAACAAACUAUGGGGUGGUCAAACACCUGCUAUAUCACGACAAACACUUGACGAAGGAGCCAUUUCGGCUCUCACUGAAUGUACCAAAAGAAAGCAAUUUGCUCAUUAUGACUGUCAGUCACUUAUGGCCAACUUAAGUUAUGCAGCGGAGAUCAGAGGUGCAUUGCUUAGUAGACGUCGCAACACUACCACCGGAGCUUCAGCUGCGUCCUUGCUGGCAACAAAAGGUUUACCACCAGGUGAAGAUUCAGUACCUGAUACUGGAGAUGGAAGAUCAAAUGAACUGCUUGAAAGCUGUCCAUUCUUUAGAAAUGAGUUGGGAGGUGAAGAAGAGCGUUGUGUGUCGCUGUGCUGGAGAACCGCUCGUGGUGCCAUACCCGGCCAGACCGGAGGGUGGCACCGGCCCCGCGCCGCUUACGGGCUCUCAGUACUGGAGUUUCCGCCGGGACACACCCAUUGGCGACACGGCUGCCCCUUCGCCAGGGUCCUCACGCCACUGCCUGUUGAGAGCCAAGACUUAGGCGCGUUAUAUUAUAGGAACUAUUUCUAUAAUCAACCUCACCAAAACUGGUUUGGCAUGGACGAAAGUCUAGGACCUAUAGCCAUUUCCAUAAAAAAAGAACGUGUGGAAUUACGUAGAGGUGGUGGCGACGCGUCUGUGCCGGCUUCCCAGCUCGCCUGGCAGUACCGGCUCAUAAUACGAACUUCGGAGUUGCUGACUCUUCGGGGAUCUGUGCUUGAAGAUGCGCUGCCUACCGUAAAGCCAAGCAACAACAGCGCUACAUACUGCACGAAAGAGGUUUUGGACUAUGUCGCACCUGAAAUGCAGUUGGGUUGUUUGAGGUUAGGUGUACCUAACAGUGGAGCAGAGGAACAGCUACUUCGGCUGGACGAACAAUGCGUAACCCGACACUACAAAGUCGGCGUUAUGUAUUGCAAAAGCGGCCAAGCUACCGAAGAAGAAAUGUAUAACAACCAGGAAGCGGGUCCCGCUUUCGUCGAAUUCCUGCAAAUGUUAGGACAGACCGUUCGAUUAAAAGACUUUGAGAAAUAUAAAGCGGGUCUCGACAAUCGCACCGAUUCAACAGGCCUCUAUUCAGUGUAUACGACAUACCAGGGUUGUGAGAUAAUGUUUCACGUUUCGACAAUGCUUCCAUAUACACCACAUAAUAGACAGCAGUUGUUGAGAAAGCGACAUAUAGGCAACGACAUAGUAACUAUUGUCUUCCAAGAACCAGGUGCUGCGCCAUUUACGCCGCGGAAUAUUCGCUCUCAAUUCCAACACGUUUUUGUUGUGGUUCGAGCGAUAGAUCCGUGCACGGAGAACACGCAUUACAGUAUAGCUGUAAGUCGUGCAAAAGAAGUGCCUUUAUUUGGGCCUCCAAUCAAAGAUGGAGCAGUGUAUCCAAAGGGUGAAGCUUUCACUGAUUUACUUUUAAGUAAGGUAAUUAAUGGCGAGAAUGCAGCAAUUCAGUCGCCAAAAUUCUGUACAAUGGCCACACGUACACGACAGGAAUAUUUAAAAGAUUUGUCGAAAAACUACGUGACGGCUACAACAGUGGAAACAGGCCAAAAAUUUUCUAUAUUUUCAUCACUGUUGAUGAAAAGCGGGAACAACUCCAACAACAAUACGGUUUUGCCGCGUGUUGAGAAUUGCACUACCGAUGUCUUAGUUGGCGGUGCACUGUGUUUUCACGUACAAGUCCAGGAUGAAGGUGCCGGCGGCACGUUAUUAGAUUGCAUGAUGGGCGUCUCGGCCGAUAGCGUUGUGUUAGUCGAAGACAGCACUCGACAGAUCAUCUUGGUUUUGCCGACCAAUUCUUUACUGGGCUGGGUGGUGAGCGGCGGCUGGACGCGCGUGUACUACCACCGCGGCGAGAGCGUGCGCGUGCGCGGCGGCCACGACGCGCUGCUGCGGCGCCUGGCCAGCGUGGCGCCGCCGCACGCGCGCGCGCUGCACGAGCUCACGCUGGAGCGCGGCGCCGCCUCGCAGCUGGGAUUCCACGUCCAACCGGACGGCUUGGUGACGGCGGUAGAGGGCGGCGGGUGCGCGGCGCGCGCCGGCAUCAGGCGCGGCGCGCGACUGCUGGAAGUGUGCCGCGCGGCCGUGGUGGCUCUACACCACGACCAGCUGGUCGACUUGCUUAAGACCUCGGAUCCAGUUACGGUGGCAGUAACGUUCGCGUCGAGCAACCGCUGCGGCUGCGAAUGCACCAGUCCAGUGGCGGGUGCGAACGACAGCGUGGUCGCGCGCGCCGACGCGCAGCAGCCGGCCCGCGCCCGCCGCGCGCCGCCCGCGCACUCGCCGCCGCGCUCCGACAGCUCCGGCUACGGAACUGGCGGGUCGGGGCGCAGCGCGCGGCGCUCGCCGCAGUCGUCGCCGGUGUCGGAGGCGGUGCUGCGGCGGCGCUCGCAGGACGACUCGCCGCGCCACCUGCGCGCGCGCCGCGACAACACCACCUCGCUCACGGAGGAGCUGAUGCGUUUGAUGGACGCCGAGUUGGGAAGUGGGCGUGCACCCGAUGGCGGGGGUGCGACGGGCGCGCCGCCGCCGCUGCCGCUGCCCGACGCGUCUGCGCUGGACUGGGCCACUUUAGUGCACACCGCCACUCGCGCUAUGCUUCAGAUCUGUGAGGAACAUCAAUAUCCAUCCAUGGACAACACUGAAUCCUCCUUGGAAGCAAUGACAAAUGAUCCUGUCCAUGAUUCUUGGUCUGAAUUAACGGAGGUACCUGAACCAGAGCCGCGGCAGCAGCGCAGCGAGUCGGCGGGCUCGGUGUCGGCGGCGGUGUCGGCGGCGCCGGCGUGCGGCUGCGGGCUGGCGGCGCGCGUGGCGGCGCUGGAGGCCGACGUGGCCGCGCGCCAGAGGCAACACCACCAUUUGGAGGAUGAGGUGCGUCGUCUGCGCCGUCACAACGCGCGCCUGCGCGAGGAGUCCGCUCGCGCCGUAUGGCAACUGCGCCACUUCACGCAGUGGCUCAAGCGCACCGUUGACCGCCAGUGAGCAACCGUCGCCGACCGCCAGUGAGCUACCGUCGACCGCCAGUGAGUCGCCCACCACACCACCAUACACCGCCUACCGACGAAAAAAGAAAGUCCUUAUAUCAAAUCCUUAAAGCCCCGCCACAAUCUGGAUUUCGGCCAGUGGAUUUUUGGAGAACUUAAACCUGUGAACUAAUUUAAAAGGAUAAAUCUGAAUUCCUUGCUAUAAAGCCUAGCCAUGAUUUUUGAGAAUUUUUGGGGAACUUAAAAACAGAGCUAGAAAUUUAAACUUUCUUUAAAAAUUCACUUACCGAAAGAGAUGUUGACAGCACUAAAUAAAAUUGAACUUUUCUUGAUUUGUGUAGUGCGGGUGUUGCCCCGUCGAAUAUAAU